GUCGCCUUCCUCCCACUCUGUGUCACCAAUGGCAUCCUUUCCCCCUCCCGUCGACGUCUCGACCCUCGAUCAUCUCGUGCGCGCUGCCGACAACUCAGCAACCAAGUGGUAUUCCUUCGUCGGCAGCCUCCACCGCGUCCUCGGCAGUGCUUAUGUCCUGCCGUUCCGCCUCCUGGACAUCAUGCUUGGUCUCCCAGAGGGUGACCUUGGGGACCCGCCGCCUCACCCUGGCGAUCCCCCCCCCCUCAUUCCCCAUCCCGGCGAGGAACCUCCGCCCCCCAUGGUACCCCAUGCCGCUACCGCCGCCGCUUAUGCCGCUGACUCUGCGCGAUUUGCUGAGCGUCGUCGCGCCUGGCUCGAGGUAGACAGCCGUGCUACUGGUGCCCUUCUCCUUGCCAUCCCGUCUGCGCUCAUGCGCAACUUCCAGGCACGUCGCAUCGGCUCCCGCCAGAUCUGGCUCGAGCUUGAGGCAAUAUUCGAACGCACCGACUUCGAUGCUGUCGGACCGCUCUUCAAGGAAUACUUCAGCAUCACGAUCGAACAUAGUGCUGGCGCCGUCGACUACACCAGCCGUCUCCUGGACCUUGCCUCCCGCCUUGAGGCUCGCCAGACUACUCUCCCCCCCAACCUUCAGAUCUACCGUCUCCUCGAAGGCCUCUCCCCUCAAUAUGAAGCGUAUGAUGACGCCUGGUUCGAGCGCGGCAACACUGGCACACCCCCACGCUGGUCUGCCAUGGAUUCCCGCCCCUCUCUCCAGGAUGUCAAAACUCUUCCGUCUUUCCUCCCCUCUCAUCUUCAGCUCUCCUCCUCCUCCUCCUCCUCUGUCGCUGACCCCAUAACUCCCCAGGAGCUGCAGCAGUUUCGCCGCACGAACCUGUUGUAAUAAUUAGCGAAGCCUAGGAACUGCUGCAACUCCUUCACAUUCUCGGGUGUCUUCCACAUGCGUACGGCUUCGAUCUUCUUGGGGUCGACGUGAACUCCUUGAGCGCUCACCAUGUGUCCGAGGAAUUGGACUUUCUCGAGGGCGAAGUUGCUCUUGGAUAGUUUGACGUAGAAGCGUUCUCGUCGAAGAAUGUCGAAGACGCGUCGCAAGUGUUGGAUGUGCUAUUGCAUGUCGCACGAGUAAAUGGGGAUGUCGUCAAGGUACACCACCAUGCAUUCGUCCAAGAGUGGUCAUAGUAUGUGGUUUAUUUCGGCUUGGAAUGUUGCCGGUGCGUUGGUGAGUCCGAACGGCAUUACCAGAUACUC